AUGCCAAUUAAGAAUGUGGCAAUAGACAAGACAGACGAGCUUUUGUUCAACAUCUUACUACUAUUGGAAGUGGUUGGCUAUGUCAUUCACUUUAUUUUGGGCUGUUACUUUGUGUGGAGGAUCAAAAACAUUACACUGAUUCAUGCCAACCUGAGAAUUGUCCUUGUGAGUUAAAAAAUAUUUAUAAAAAUUUAAAUUUUUUGCACGGUGCAAGCUAUUUUGGGUUGCACAGUGCAAAAAUAUUUGGGUUGUACAGUACAUUAAAUUUUAAUUUUUUUUUUUCAAUUUUAGGGCAGUUAGAUUAAAAUACGUUUUAAUAGCUUUAUAUUAACAUAAGCUACAAAAUAAAACAACAUUUACUUUGUAAAAUACGCUACAAAUUUUACACUUCAUUUUAUAAAAUUUGUUGCACAGUGCAAAAUAUAAUUCAUUGCACGGUGCGGUGAAAAUAAGGUUUUUAAUGUGAACUUUGAAAAAAAAUGGCAAGAACUUUCUUUACAAAACAAAAAAUAGCAAAAACUUUCUUUACAAAACUAAAAAUGGCAAAAACUUUCUUUACAAAACGUGAAAUAGCAAGAACUUUCUUUACAAAACAUAAAAUGGCAAGAACUUUCUUUCCACUAUAUUAACCAUGUUAUCUUUAGUGUGUAAAGGUGACUCAAUACUUCUUCAUGGCGUUCGGCCGAAUCGGUGAUCUUCUGAAUGCAGCUUCAACUACAGAAUCCUUGGUUCUGAAGAAUUCGCUUUGUUUGGUAUUCAAAUUUAAUCACGAUGCCGGGCUGUUUAUCACUGCCUUUUGUCCAUUAUGGGUGGCGGCCGAACGGAUUUGUGCCACUUUAAUGAUAAAAACAUAUGCUGAUAGGACGGCCAAUGUUGGGAUUUGGCUGGCUGGUAGUACGGUAGGUUACUGUAAUUUAGAAUGAUUUUUUUUGGUUUUCAGGUUGAAAUGGCAAGAACUUUCUUUACAAAACUUAAAAUAGCAAGAACUUACUGUACAAAACAUGAAAUUGCAAGACUUUCUUUACAAAACUUAAAACGGCAAGAACUUUCUUUACAAACUCUAUUUUUCAGCAUUUUUGUGGAUUUACCGUUGCAGCAUUAGGAAUUUACUAUGAUCUUCAUUUUGAAAUUUUUGAUGUUUAUGAAUCAAGAGAAUCAUGCCAAUUAACCCAUCUACAUCCUACUUUGGUACCAGUUGUUUGGUGCUUAAUAGGCUUGAUUUUUGUCGUUUCUGCUAUUGUAAGUACAGUAUCCUACCGUACUUUACUUUAUUCGACCCUUCCGUACCCUACCCUACCCUACCCUAUCCUACCCUACCCCACCCUAACCUACUCUACCCUACCCUACCCUACCCUACCCUACCCUACCCUACCCUACCCUACCCUACCCUACCUUACCCUACCCUGCCCUGCCCCGCCCUGCCUUGCCUUGUCCUGUCCUACCCUACCCUACCUCACCCUACCCUACCUUACCGUACUCUGCCCUAUUCAACAAUGCUUUGCUUUGAACUGCCCUGUCAUUGCCUUCCCCCUGUCGUGCUCUGCCAUGCCUUGCUUUGCCCUUGACUCGCCUUAUUUUGCUUUGCCUUGCCCUAACUUACCCCUUAUCCAACCCUGCCUUUCUUCUGUCUAGCCCUGCCCAUGUUUUACAUACCGUGCAUUCCUACUGUACUUUCGUUUUUUAGAUUCUAAUCUACCUAUACCAACAUAAUAUAAAAAUGAAAGCUAUAAAAUUAUCGACCAAUUUAACAGCACGUUAUCAAUACUCAGAAAACGUCCGAACCCUACGCUUUUUAGUCCCAGCAUUCGUUGGUCUAGGAUCUUUGAACCUAAUGGCCGCUUUGGCCGUUCCUUAUAUUUACUUGAAGUUUGCUCAAGGACAAGAUGUUCAGCUCAUGUAUCAGGUAUGGCAUUUAGAACAAGGAUAGCAAAAUAGGGACUGAAAAUCCAAAAAAAACAAUUUUUCAAUAGGUACAUUUAAAAAUGGCAAGAACUUUCUUUACAAAAUAAAAAAUAGCAAGAACUUUCUUUACGAAACACAAAAUGACAAACUUUAUAUUAAGUUUGUUCUAACUAGUCAAAAACUUUGUUUCAACCUACUGUUCCUUGCAAUUUUUAUAAUCAAGCGCACCGUUGCUUAAGUUGCCAGAUCGGACGGGACCGCGCUUUUGCACUGUGCAAAAUAAGCAAAUAGCGCUGCACGGUGCAGGAAUUAAUUUUUUGGCAAUAACUUUGUUUACAAUGAUAGGAAAUGUCAUUUUUGAUAAGUUUUUUGAUUUUUAAAAAACUUUCUUUACAAAACUUUAAAUUGCAAGAACUUUCUUUACAAAAAAGGAAAAUUGCAAGAACUUUGUUUACAAAACAUAAAAUGGUAAGAACUUUCUUUACAAAACAAAAAAUGGCAAUAACUUUCUUUACAAACAAUUUAAAUUCCAUAUCAAUUAAAAAAUGGCAUUUUCCCCAUUUCAGGCGCUUUACCUAAUCCCAGUUGGGUAUGGCAUCUACUUUAUCACUUAUGUCUUCCUAAAAUACGAACAAUUGCGAAAAGCCAUGAAAAACGACUUCUCGGUGAUAUGCCCUUGUUGUUGUCCAAAAGUGAACAAAAUCAGGCCAAAACUGAUCGUACAACACGAUGUUCAAGGCACAACUGAUAUCUACUGGAAACAGUUUGAUAACGCUUGGGCCAAUGGACCAUUGGCGAAGUCGCCGGCUGAGAAAAAGAAGUUGGAUCACAGUAAUUCAAAGCUUAAAAUUAAUAUUAAUAACAACAAAGUCAUGAAAAAAUAA